UUUGCCGCCCUCUGUCGUCAAGCAAGCGCCAUUGCUACAAAGUGCAAGAUUCUAGGAUCGUGUCAGAACACUGCUGCAAAUACUGCUAAAAAAUCAUGAAAUAAGCACUGAAAUAUGCAAAAGGUUCCCUCGGGACUGUAGGAAGUGUGCUGUGCACAUUACAUGUACUGGUACGUGUAAUUUCUUCACAGUGUACACGCAAAGCAGACCUUGUGCUAUGGAUCAAGAGCUAGUGAAUAUAACCAAAGGUCAUGUGACCAAUGAAGCCUUGUCGUGGCCCGAUUCAACAUCUUCCAAUCCAAAUCAGGUCAGCAGAGGUUGUGAGUCAGCGCAUGAGGCAGCCGAUCUUCCUGACCGAUGCUCGACGGUGGAUGAUGAGCCAUCGUCUCAGAUGGACUUUAUGCCCUCGGAUCCGCACACUCCUUCCCCCGUACAGAUCCAAGGAGAGCAACUCGUCGCAGAGCCAUUGGUGUCUCUCGGAAAUGAACCCUGUGUAGGACUCUUCAUCCCACCAAACGAGGACGAAGUUGAUGUUGUGUCGGUAGAUGGCAAUCGCAACAGCCGUUCUCCUUUCCAUCUUCUUGAAUUAGAGCAAGCAGCGGAGAAUGCCAUCACAAGACAGAUCUUUGGACAGCCUGCACAAGAGUCGGUAGACUUUGAUCCAGUACGCGUAGCAAGUCAAGAGGCUAUUCCCGAUCCCAUGAUAGCAGCUCAGGCACAUGACUUAGACUAUAACAUGAUGUCUUUGUCAACCUCGCCUCAGAAUCCUUUCCAGAGUGAACCCCUCUUUUCAGACAUCCUAAGCGAUACCAAUGGAUUGGAGGACUUCGAUAGCGUGCCACAUCAAGCUAUGAAUACCAGUGUCCACUGUCCUGCGGUAGGGGAGAGUAGGAGAACUGAGGGAAGUAAGGGCAAUGGCAGGGACUCUGCUUUAGCUAGUGAACUCGAGGAAGAUGGUGCAACAAGGAGGAGAAAACAUGGCGGUUUGAAUAAACUAUUUAAAGGCAAGAAAGACACUAUGUGGGCAAUAAGCCCCGGUAAGCGAGACAGAACACCUCCAGUUGCGGAAGAAUCUCUUCUUCAUCAAUCAAAUAAUGGUGAAUUAUCAGCGGGUUAUCAUGCUCUGUCACCGUCAUUCACCAUCAGUCAGAACUCUGCAUUUGAAGCUCGUGCUGCUCACUCAUUCUCCGACGCUGAUAGUACUUCAUCUGCUUUCGCCAGUGAAGGCGGUGACGGAAGUGUAGCCAGGCAACCCAUGGCCGAGGGCAAGAUACCCUGUAAGAUCUCGUUUGAAGCUCGGGAACCUGGAUGCCUGGAUACGUCCGACGUGGAAUCGCAGUUCUCCUUCAGCAGUCACGGUGCCACGAUAGGAUCGGACACGGUGCGAUCCAUGUCUCGUGCCGGUGACGUGACCACCAUUGUGGACUCGAGCAGCGAGGAAGAAUCCGAUGUUGACAUUGUGACUCUGGAUGAUUCCAUGAACUGCACGGAUUCAAGUGGAUAUGGUUACGGAAGCGCAGCAAUGUCAGACUAUGAUGUCAUUGACCCCAAUCUUCCAAGUACCAGUGGCUUGCCUUUGACCCCGAGCAGACAAGGAAAGACAAGUAAAAAGAGGAAUUGGUGGGAAGCAGAGACAAGUUCUGACGCGGGUAAAUCAGAUAAAGCUGGACCGUCCAGACCAAGGGCUGGAGGUUCUGGUCAAGGCAAAAGUCCUGUUGUAGUUGAACUUCUAUCUCUGUCCAGUGAUAGCAGUAGUGAAGAUGAAGUGGAGGUCAUUGAUCUCAGAAAGGAUCACUUUUCGUACAAGAGCAACCCAAACCAGCACCAUAGCAGAGUAAAAUCCCGGAAGAAGGAAUCAAGAUCGCCCGUCAUUGUGGACCUAACAGAAUCUGAUGGGGAGAUUGAAACCAGUAGCAGUUCAACUGAAGCUCACCCUUCCACAUCUUCCUCUGGUAAGCAUCUACCUAGUGGAAUGCACUGUCAAGCAACUCAAGACUCGUCCAGGAACGACGAUACGCAACGUGUGACCUCUCCCGGGUCGCCCUCUGUUGCUCGGUAUCCUACUUGUUCCCAUGACAACCAAUCUGCCGGUACACCAGGAUCAUCAUCGUCAUCGUCUCUGGUGGUGAGGAGUUGUAGGGGAUGUAGCAGUUCAAGGAGACACCCCCACCAUCAUCAUGUGGUCAGCAGGCCUUCCUGCCAGCACCCUGGUAUGUCAUGUAGCAGGGUCAAUCCACAACAAGGUCAGCCUGGCACGGAAACCAACGGCUGCAGCCUCAGGUCAGCAUUCUCUACCACAGCCAGACAGUCAUGGGAACAACCUGAAACCGGAGAGACAACUCAUGAUGCUUCCGAAGAGGCCCGCGUAUCAUCUAGUAGCCAAGAUCAGAACGAUGCCCGCAGAAGAACCUCCAACUCCUCCUCCAACUCCAACUCCCUCCUUCAGCGUGCUCUAGGCUACGUUCCUCUGUUUGAGCGGGGAUCAGAAUCCGGUGGUGGGGCUACGUCAGGGUCAGCUCAACCCCAACCCCAGCCACAGGACUCCCAUCCUCCUGCGUCAUCUACUCCAUCGUCCACGGCUGCAUCCAUUCUGCUUAGAUCACAGUUCAUGGAUGGACGUCAUAUGAUGAGGGAAGGAGGUAACAGAUUCCAGGCUCGGUCAGGGCUCUUUAGUUGCUCUCUUCAUGGACCAGGAAGACAGCAUGUUCUCAUACCAAAUAGAGGUGAUAAGAGAGGCCACGGAAGUAGAGUACAUGGUAGCCAGCAGAUUGGACAUCAACAACACCACCAUCACUUCCAUCCCCACCAUGUUCAUCCUGUUCACUCCUCCUCGUCCUCCUCAACAACCAAUUCCUCUUCCUCUUCCUCAUCAGCCCACGGUCAGCAGCAUCAUGUCUCUGGUCCAGCGAGGCCGAUACCCCAUAAUCCUGCACACUCCAUUCAACAACACCACCAACAACAGCAACAAAAGCAGCAGCAACAGCAGCAGCAGCAGCAGCAACAUGUGGCUCAACAACAGCAACAACAAGCACAUCAGCAGCAACAACAGCAACAGCAACAGCAACAAGGUGUGAGCUCACAGGUUGCUGGUCCUUCGUCUCCCCCGCCAGCACCUUUCCAUAUUGCGGGAGGUACCAUGUCAGGUGCAGGUCAUCUUCAGCACCCUAGACCUCACCCCCUUCAGUUGGUAGCCGAGAUCCAGCUACCUCAGCAAACCCCAUCGGCGUCCGUCACCCACCAACAGCUCAGGCAGAGGCAGCAAUACUUGGUGGAGUUGCAACGUCGAUGUCUGCAGGUCCAGCCGGUCCAACAGGUGGCUCAUAGAUCAUACCCGCGUACCAGACCUCGCAUGCCAGAGUUCAGCUUUGCUCCUGAUGUGUUGCCAAGACAUGUUCACUGCCAGCAGCAACAACAGCAACAGCAGCAACAGCAGCAACAACAACAGCAGCAACAACAGCAGCAGCAGCAACAACAGCAGCAACAACAGCAGCAACAACAGCAGCAACAACAGCAGCAGCAGCAACAGCAGCAACAGCAGCAACAACAACAGCAACAGCAUGAACCUGACCAAACGGCACAGUCUCAGUUGCCACAAGAGCAAACUCAUCCCCGUCCGGAGCAGCUGACUACAGCUACAAUAGGGGUGACCCGGGAGCUUCCAAGACCAUUUUGUCACCCACAGCCCCAAGCAAGGCAACCUGUUCUUCAUUCACAGAGGGAGACUGAGCUUGGCACUGGGGUUGGUCCAGAUGGCAGGCAGCAUCAACAUCGGCAUCUACACCAUCACCUUCACCACUACCACCAUAAUGCGCCCCACCCUCACCUUCACACUCCAAACCUGUCUGGUACUACAGUUGCUCCUCUUAUAUCCAACUUGCUUGUACCAGAUAUUCCACCUAUCCAUACCGGUCACCCCUUCUACGCCCAAGCUCACCCUCUCUCCGUCAUGAGGGCUCUGAGGGUCAGUCCUAUGUAUGAGGAAUUAGUUCAGCUAGGAGAACACCUAGGACAGGUGAACAGAGGAGCUUCCAGAAGCACCAUAGAGAGAAAUACCUUGCCACAUAAAUACAAGCUUCGUCAUCAGAAGGAGAGUGAUAGUAGUGAGGAGACGGGUGAAGUGGAGGGAGCAGCUAAGAUCCCUGAUGAUGAUAUGGAGAAGUGUACUAUAUGCUUGUCUUAUUUUGAAGAUGACGAAGAUGUCAGACGGCUUCCAUGUAUGCAUCUCUUCCAUGUGGAGUGUGUGGAUCAAUGGCUGGUGACCAACAAACGCUGUCCCAUCUGUCGCGUAGACAUCGAAACAAGGAUGCAAAAAGAAGUCUGAAACCUGCUUUCUUAUGAGUCCAGAAAGCAUGAAAAGUCCUUGUAACAGGUGCACCGCAUGAUGUUCACCUGUGUUUGGAAUACUUGAAAUGACAUUGGUGAACCCGUUUUUAAUUAUUUUAUUAAAUACCUUGCAUUAUUUUUCUCAGUCAAUUUCAACAUCUCUAGACACUUACCGGUAUACGAAUAGUCAUCAGUGACUUAAUAAUGUGGUUUAUAUCAAGAUUUUGAUUUAUUUAUUCUCUUUUUUUUCUUUUUAAUUGUUCGUAAUGUUCUUUUUAUCAAGGGGUAUAUGAUAUUUUCAUUAAUUUUACUUCACUUAAUUAUGUCCCCUUUUAAAGUCUUUGUCAUAAUCCAGGACUUUUUUGCAAUAUUUUUUAUUUUAAACAAAAUCUUUGCUUUAUUUCUUGAACCUAAGAUAACCUUAAAUAAAUUUGAACUUUUCGUUUCCUUUUAAGAAAUUUUUUGUACCUCCAUCCCUCAUAUUAAAACAAAAGAUGAAUAUUUUCUCAAUGUCGUUCAAUACUGCUAUGUGCGAAAGAUUGUAUAUUUUCCACUUGACCUUUUUGUCUUGACCUCUGUACUAAACCCUCACAUCAAUUAAUGAAACAUGUGAUGGUGAUUAUAGGGGAUAAGGAGUUGCAUCAUAGCAUUGACAGAAGAGACAGAUUUGUAAAUAAUCAUGUUUAGUUAGUUACAGUACUUGAUGAAAGUUUGUAAAAUAUAGGGUAAUAGGCCUCAAAGGAAGAGAGGUGAAGGUUACAAAUAUAUUUCUAUUUUGGAAUUCCAUUGAGAGAUCAGUCUAUGAGCCUAUGAAUAGAAAAUCAUGUCUGGAUGACUAUACAUUGUGACAUAGGCUUUAAUACUGUUGUAGGAUUUAAUAAUCUUUUGAUUAAAAAACAAUGAAAUAUGUUUUGCAUGAUUUCGAUGAAUAAUCUAUAUAUCUGGAAGAUUUCAUUCCAAUAUUUCUUAUUUUUGACAGUAUAUGAGUUUAUGUUCCUGUAUGGUUGCGAAGAGAUUCUAUGUCGGGAUGUCUAUAGACAAAUAUGUUACCUUACUCCCUGCUUUUUUACUGCAAAUUUUAGUCAUUUCGUUAUUUACUUUUUACUUCUAGGCUGAUGUGAAGUUGCGUAAUGUUAGUACAAUACUUGAAAUCCCAUGGCCAGUGGGAGGAUGCCGGUUACAUGGGAUCAAUUAGCGAGAUGAAUGUUGAUUUUUUUUUUUUAUUUUGCGAGCAUGUGGCUCGGAUCGAUAUUAGAACAUUGUAAAUUAUCCAUGAUAGAAAUUAUCACUACCAAAAUGAUAAUAUAGAGGGUGCAAUAGCUACUAUCUUUUAAGUUUAUAUUUGUAUUUAUGUUUUAAAACCAUUCUUCUUUAUUAAAGGCUUAAACACGUGUAUAGUGCACAGACUUUGCUUCUCCAUUCAACCAUUUCCCAGAUAAUGACCUUUGUAUUAAACAAUAAAAAAGGGAUAUUAAGCAUUUCUCUUCAAUAGCUCAAUCCACUGUUACAGGGGUAUGUCAAAUCUAUUUAGAAAGUGGAAGCAGUCUUGUGGCUUUUGGUUCUGUAUACCGGUAUUGGAAUAAUGUAAGUAGCCAUUAUGUGGGUUAAAUUAAAUGUUGGAAAUAUUUUGUCUAGAUGUGUUAAAAAGGAAAACAUAAUAUUCUUUCUGGAGCCACCAGUUCCCAUUAGUUUGAAAUAUCUUGUAGAGGAUGUGUCAGAAACUUAUGUGGUCGUUUGUGUGGGUCAUUAGAAACCAGUUCCAAUAUUAUUAAUAUACAUGUAUUCAUGACAUUUAUAGAACAUGUGAAAACACCAGAUAUCAUUAUGUGGCUGCUUGAUACUUGUUUUCCCUGUAACAUCAAACUUUCAAUCAAUCAUAGUUUAAAACAGAGUCCAUUUCUUGCUAAACUUGUUAUUUUUGUCUCAUUCAUGUGAGUAAGUAGACUUAUUAGCAAGUUAAUAAAUGAUUGGUACUUUUCGUUUUGUUCACAAUUGACAUACAGUUGCCAAUAGGAAAUGUAAUGUUUCCAUAUUAGAAUGCUGCAAGAUUUGAAUUGUUGACAAUUUACUGGGAAAUUUCCAGAAACUGCUCAAUACGAUUUACAUGUAUCUUCUUGUUUAAAAAAAAGACAAUUGAAAAGCAUAUUUUUUUUACCAGGCUUGCUUGAGUAAUACUUAGAGUGAAAUAUUUGAUGCCUAAAAGAUUUCUGAUUGACAAGAUCUGAAAAAUACUGCUCCUGUAAUAACAAAAUAGUAUUGUCAUAAAUCAUUUCAUAUACCAUUAAGAAUAAUAGAAAAGAAUUCAGUUUCAUUUGAUUUUGAAUUAUUGAUAAUACUAGUAGUAUGAAUAAACGUUCGAUCUUGCAAUAUUAACAAAUGGUAGUGAUUUUUACAUGACUCGUAGGUUUACUACGAUCAGGCUUACAAGAUCAGACCUACAAAACUUUGCCAAAACAACCCUGCAUAUGUAAUUACAUGUACAGUCUCAUUCUGGUUAUUUUAUUCUUGUUUUUGAAGAAAAACAAACUAGUCCUCUUGAUCAAAUAUUUCACCCUGCUUUGCUGUUUAACAGUUCUUGUGAAUGUUAACCAUCUCUUCAGAUGUGAAGAACUUGUGUUUCGUACAAAUGAACUUGAUUCUGCUCAUGUGAUUAAGACUGACCAUAGUAUACCAAACAAUUAAAAAAAUAUGUAUUAUGAAAUAGUGUAUAUGAAAAAGAGGUUUAGGCUUUGUUUUAUGUUUAAAGAUAAAAUAAAUAAACAAUAGAGGUCACUUCACUGUAUGAACAUAAUAUAGCAUUAGAAUUGUUGCACCGUUGUCCAUUUCCCUCAGAAAAGAUACAUUUCAUACAAUUCUCCAAACAAUAUUUUUUCUGUGUGUACUUCCACUUGACUGCCAUAUGUGUUUCUUCAUAUGAUUUUGCUCUCGUUGGAAACUUACAUGCAUUUGCAAGCGGAGUUUCACAUUCUUUUAAAAUCAUUCAACACAAAUCAUGUGGAAAGUAGUUCAAUUUUUCUGUUGAAUAUGUUGUUCAAAACAUUUACUGGUACUGUUAGCAGGAGCAUUAUAUGUAUCUGCUAUUAUAUGAAUUUCUUUUGAGCUGCACACAUCUGUUGAAUAUUACCCCUUACAAUAGUGAUUUAGGUGUUGAAGAUGCUUGUAUAUUUUUCCUAGUUUGGUCCCACAGUAGAACAUCUCUACAUCAAAUUUAAAUGUGCAAAUGUAUUAUUGUUAUAAGUACAAUCAUGGCUUGAGAACAUGUAUAUGAAGCAUUGGAAUAAAAUUUAAAAAAGAAGAAAAGAGUAAA